CUUGGUCUUGAUCUUGGUCUUGGUCGACGCCGGCACUGCGGAUCUGCCCUCUUCCUUUAGCUUGUUCGCUCUGCGCACUGCAUCCGAGGCCUUAGGCCGUCUGUGCUAGCAAACCUCCAGCAUCCAGCGCCAUGCUCCGUCUCGUCCGGGUCCAGCUUCUACGACCCAUCCGGCACCACAUCCGCCCAUUGCCGGUCCCCAGAGCCGCACCAGUCCCGCACGGACGAUUCGCUGUGCAGCAGCCUUGCAUCAUCUUCCGGUCACUCUCAUCCACCUCCGCUCGGUGCAAUGAAUCCACCCCGGUCCUGGCCAACGGCGAUACCGAGUCCACCUCUGAACGCAUUCCCGAGACCAGCCUCGACCAACACAAACCCGGGUCUGGGCCCGUACUCGAGCCUGUUGCCGAGCCAAUUCCGUCCCCUGUGCCCACUGUCCAGAUCUAUCACCAGAGAAAGGGCCGUGUGAUGGUCUUGAAUCGACCCGAGUCGCUGAAUGCUCUGACCGAGGAGAUGAUCACAGCGAUCUUGGACAACUUCCAGGCUUGGGAUCAGACUGACAUCAACGCCCUGGUCAUUGAGGAAUCCGAAGACGGACGGGCUUUCUGUGCCGGAGUCGAUGCCAUCCGUCUUGCCGAGCUCAUCAACGAAAAGACGGACGAGUCCAGGGCCAAGGCCCUCGGCCUGCUGAACAAGACCUACACUGCCCAGCAUCUGCUCGCAACUCUGGACACCCCUUUGGUUGCCAUUCUGGACGGAAUUACGAUGGGCGGCGGUCUCGGCUUGGCCAUCCAUGCACCGGUUCGCCUCGCUACCGAGGAAACAGUCGUUAGUGUCGCUGAAGGGCGAGUGGGAUUCUUUAUCGGAGGCGGGGUCUCCUUCUUCCUCUCGCGGAUGCCCGACGGCGACCCUGUUGGCAAGUUUUUGGCGCUCUCUGGAUACAAGCUCAAGGGCAUCGAGACCGUCAUGGCCGGCAUUGCCACCCACUAUAUUCCGUCCGAGCGCAUACCGAGCCUUAUUGCUCGCCUCGGGGCUCUCGAAUCCAGCGACAUCCGAGCUAUCAACCUGAUCAUCAACGAGUUUGUUGGCAGCGCACCCUCAACCGACGACUGGAAGAACUGGAUCCUGGGCGGCGAGCGCGGCGAUCUGAUCCAGAGAUGCUUUGCCAAGGACACGCUUCCCGAAAUCCUGCGGGCUCUCGAAGCCGAGAAGUCUGAAUUUGCAUCCGAGAUCAUCAAGCUCAUCAGGCGCCAGCGGCCCCAAUACCUCCUGCUGACGCUGAAGCAGCUCAAGAUGGCGGAUACUAUGGAUCUAGCUUCGUGUUUCCGCAUGGACUACCAGAUUGCCAAGGCCAUGAUUCACGAUACCGACUCGGAGUUUUCUGAGGGUGUCCGGUUGGUGCUGAAGGAAAAGAGCCCGGAGCCGAUCCAAUGGAGCCCAGACCUUGAAACCGUCCUCGGCAACAUCAAGCAAUACCAAAAGCAGAUCGACACACAGUUCUUGCCCCAGCUCGACUUUGGAGCCAAAUCCGAGGAGCUUCCGCUGCUCACCGAUCGCACGUACAAGUUCUAUGCGCACCGCACCGUCACAGGGCUGCCUUCUAUCGAAGAUGUGCGCAUUGUCGUCACCGGCGAAGUCAAGUCGGUUGGCGAGUUUGCGCUCACUCGCCAAGAGGUCAUUGACUGGUUUGCCAAGAACUGGGGCACCUUCCUCGACGACGACGACUUGGAUCAGACAUCUCGGCUCCCGAAGGAGCUGACGGGCGGCGCAAAGUACUUUGUGGAGAACUGGCGCGACCCCGCGCAGACCCCCGGCGAGCGCCGCAGAGAGAUGUGGGGUGUCCGCCAGCGCGUUGAGGACAUCCUGGACCGCAAAACCACCGUCAUUGGCGACGGCUAUCUCAAGUGGAAGGCGUGAGUGUUCCCGCUCGCAACUUUGCUCUUUCUCACAAUGUAUUUUAGCGGGACUCACUUUGCUUUAAAUGGCUCCUGGUGUCUGUGUCCCUGCCCAGUGGCCGCAGGACCAAAUCCUUUCCAAACAACGUCCUUUUGCCUGCUCGCAUCAGAGUCCCACAUCCCAUUCGCAAGUCGCACAAGACCUGCGCUCUCUAGAUCUUGGUCGACUGCAAUAUAUUGGCCGCGUGUCGGCACCGUGACGCAGGAG